AUGGCAACCACGAUUCGCCAGAAAGAUGGCGUUGCAAUCUUAGAACCGAGCGGAAAAAUAAUGGGCUCCUCAGUAUCGGAAUUACGGGAGGCAAUCACUUCACAGAUAGACGCCUCCGAGACACCGCGCAUUCUCAUCAAUUUUGAUCGGGUCAACAUGAUGGAUAGUUCAGGUCUCGGCACUUUGAUGGGUGCCCAUGUCGCCGCAACGCGAAAGAAAGGGCGUAUCGGUGUCAUCAACGUCGGAACAAAUAUCAAAAAUCUGAUUGUCCGCAGUCGGCUCGUCAGUAUCUUUGAACAUUUCGAGACCGAGGAUGCUGCAGUUUCGGCACUAUCAAGCGAAAGUUAA